CCGACUCGGAUUCCAUCCAUCCCCACCACGCUCUGCAGUUAUCACUGCUCCUCCUCUGCUCCUGGCAAGGGUGUCCUCGUCCAGGUUGCGCCAGCCUCGACAUUUUUUUCACCGUAGAUUCUUGGCACGAGAGUCAAAUUUACCUCCGCUCCAUCCAUCCGGUUAAAUCCCGCCGUUUCUGCUGGGAUAUUCCAGUCGUCGGCGCCGCCUGAUUUCGUGCUGGUUUUGCUUUUGCUCGCCGUCUCUUUCUCCCCCCCUUCUUCGUGGCCCCUCUCACCGUGGUUUGCGUGCUGUUCUUCCUUCCUACCCGCCUUCCCAACUAGAUUGGUUGAUCCGUACCUUUCUCUGCCUCUCUCCUGCUUCAUCCCGCUCAUCGAUUCUAUUGCAGAUUGGUUACAGGGAAGGGGAGGGGCGCGCCGAUGGCGGAGCUGGUGGGGCCGCGGGUUUACAGCUGCUGUCAUUGCCGGAACCACGUCUGCCUCCACGACGACAUCAUCUCCAAGGCCUUUCAGGGAAGGAAUGGUCGUGCAUUUCUGUUUUCUCAUGCCAUGAACAUAGCUGUGGGGCCUAAGGAGGAUAGGCAACUCAUGACAGGGCUUCACACGGUUGCUGAUAUCUACUGCCGUGAUUGCUGCGAAGUACUGGGUUGGAAAUAUGAGAGAGCUUAUGAGGAAUCGCAGAGAUACAAGGAAGGGAAGUUCAUAUUCGAGAAAGCAAAGAUUGUUAAAGAGAAUUGGUAGUGAUUAAUGAUUUGGCUAUCAGAAGUCAAUUGUGAAAGAUGCGGUCAAUGUCUUUGUACAUAGCUGUCGGCAAUCGCCUGUAGGUUCCAAUAUUUGGGUGGCAUGAUUGUGUUCAUGCCAUUUGUAAUCUGCACUUGUUCUGUUCAUUUCUGUACAGAAGACAGAUAUGUGCUUAUCUGUUUGGUAACCGAUGUCAUUCUAAUGACUUGUUCUUUGUUA